AAUUGCCUUGGCUUCUCUCAGCCUCUCUACUUUAAUGGCUUCCAAAACACAACCUCUGAUCACCAUCCUCCUCUUAUCCCUGUUGCUACUCUCUCACCUGAGCUGCUCCCAUGGCUGCCCAGUCGUCACAUACUGGGGACAGAAUAGGAAUGAAGGAGAGUUGAACACGGCAUGCGACACCAGAAAUUACGAGAUAAUCAACAUAGCAUUCUUGAACAAAUUCGGCAAUGGACAACCUCCAAAGAUAGACCUCUCAGGGCAUUGUAAUUGGAACACUCCAUCCGGUGAACCUGAUUGCACUGGAUAUGCCUCCCAAAUAGCGUAUUGCCAAAGCCUAGGCAUCAAAAUCUUCCUUUCUCUCGGAGGAGAUUCUUCGCAAUAUACCUUGGCUUCAGCUGCUGAGGCCAAGGAACUUGCAGAUCACCUCUGGACCUACUACCUCAGUGGCCAAACCUCAGGUCCCUUGGGACUGGUGGCCUUAGACGGCAUUGAUUUUGACAUCGAAGCUGGUACAAACCUGUACUGGGAUGUCCUUCUUAAAGAUCUUUACGCAUACACCCAGCAAAAGAAGUUUUACUUAUCAGCAGCACCACAAUGUCCAAUCCCAGAUUACUACUUAGACGCCGCCAUUAGAACUGGCCUCUUUGACUACAUCUGGAUCCAGUUCUACAACAACCCUCCCUGCGAAUACACAGAUGAUGGAGAUACUCAGAAACUUAUCAAUUCAUGGAACCAGUGGACCACCACAUACACCGCCACCAAGUUCUAUGUCGGCCUCCCUGCGUCUCCCGCUGCAAAUGGUAGUGCCGGUGGUUAUGUCCCGAUCGAUGUGCUCAACAAUGAGAUUCUUCCGCAGGUAGAAACCUCUCCCAAGUUUGGUGGGGUUAUGUUAUGGAGUAGGUACUACGAUAGUCUAUCGGGAUACAGCGAUCAGAUCGUGUGUAUUGCCACUGGAGCUUUUGAAGCUGUGCGUGCGCCAUUGGUUGGCAUGAUGAAAUCUGCCUCCGAGGUUCUAUAUCGCGUUUUAUCUUAGUACUAGUGCGUGACUGCAGCCUCUCUAGCUACUAUCGUGUAUGGAAUAAGUUGUGUGGAAGGCUAGUGCCUUCGAUCCUUAAGUGACAACUUGAUUCUACUCAAUUUGUCAUCUACAAAUAAAAGUUUAAUCGAUCUUGUGGUUGGUAUGA